AUGCCCAAUAAAUCUGUACGUGUUUCUCGUCCCUAUUGGGAAUCCUCACCCUCAAUCUCUUCUCAACUUGCUCAUCGGCGUAUAUUUAUUGCCAAAAACGAUUCCUGUCCUCCACAAACAACAGCAUCUUCCUCUCAAAAUGGAACAAUAAAUGAGGUGGCAACAAACAACAAUAAUAAUUUAAUUAAGAAAAUCAUCCACAACGACAACGAAAGGAAAGGGAGCAUUUCAAGAAUAGCUACAGGAAAUAUUUCUUUUACAUCUGCAUCAAUUACUAGAAGAGAAUUAUUAUUAACACAAUUUCCAGCUAAUCCAUAUCACAAUGGGGGCAGAUUACUUCUAAAACGAGACAGUGAAUUGGGGCGUAGUUUGGAAAGUGUUUGCAGCGGGGCUUCUUUGAAAACAAAACCUUUUGGUAAUAAAGCAUCUGGCUUUGUUUCAAAUUCUCGGAAAAAGUCUGCGAGAGAAGAAAAAACAUCUGGAUUAAAUUCAAGGAAUGGCAGUGCAAAGUCUUAUGAACGAAAUCAUAGUUGUAUUGGAUACCAAACGCGUACCUCUUUUCAUCAAAAGAUUCAAGUGCAAGGAACACUCAGUGAACCUUUAAACGCCCCAGAAAUGGAUAAACAACGUUGUUUAAAUAUUUCUUCACCGCCGGCUACGGAAAGAACAGCAAAUGGAGGAGAUGAAACUUUUAAUCGUUCUACUUCAAUUAGACGUUGUAUUUCAUCGAUUUCGAAACGUUUCAAGAAAUCACCAUUUGAAGAAUUUACUCCGCCUGUUCUUCAAAAUCAAUCAGAAAAUAAUUAUGAAGCCGACCCCCACGCACUAAUACCCUCUACAAGCGAUGAUUCCCUCGACAACGACCCAGAAUUUCUAGAAUUACAAGAACGUGAACAAAUUGUGGAUAAAUACGAAAGAGGUCCUGAACAAAAAGAUGUUGACCCUUGGGAAAACCCAAAUUUUGAACUUUACAGGAUAACAGACAGAUAUGGAUUUGUUCACAAAGAUGAAAAAUUCUCGGCAGAUGAAGCCGAGAAGAAACGAAUAAAGAAGGAACUUAGAAGGGAAGAUAAAUGGGUAAUUAUGUUUAAAGAAUGGGAACAUCUACGUCCAUCUAAAUUACCUGAAAGAAUUUGGAAAGGAGUUCCAGACAAAUUUCGACUUUUAGUCUGGAUGCGCCUUUUGGGGGCAAACGAACUUAAAGCAAAGGCACGAACUAAUUUAUAUAAUGAUUUGUUAAUUCGUGCACGUCUUGUUUCCAAAGACAUUAAACAGAUUGAUUUGGAUAUUAAUAGAACAUAUAGAGACAAUUUGGCAUUUAGAAGGAGAUAUGACGUGAAGCAACAAUCUUUAUUUAAUUUACUCACUGCAUAUUCUAUGUUAAAUACAGAAGUUGGUUAUUGCCAAGGAAUGAGUCAAAUUGCGGCUGUUUUUCUCAUGUAUAUGGACGAGGAAGAUGCUUUUUGGUGUAUGCAUGCACUUUUAGUUACAAGAAAAUAUACAAUGCAUGGUUUUUUUGUUCCUGGAUUUCCAAAACUUCAUCGCUUCCAAAAUCAUUAUGACAAAGUUUUGCUCAAAUAUUUGCCAAGAGACCAAACAGGCAUUCCCCCCAUUUAUUUAACAAAAUGGUGGUUUGGUUGUUUCCUAGAUCGAGUCCCUUUUUCAUUAACGCUUCGUUUAUGGGAUGUUUUUCUUUAUUAUGGAGAUUGUAUUCUCAUUGCUAUGGCCUAUAAUAUUAUGAAAAUGCACAAAAAAACUAUAUUGAAAUUAAAUAUUGAACAAUUUAUGGAAUUUAUUCAAAGAACAUUAGCUGAAGAUUUUGGAUUUCCUGAUGAUAAAGUAAUGGAAUCAUUAGAGGAAUGUUUGAAGAAAUUACAGAAUGACAAAAUGGCAUUACCACCCCCUCCAAAUCCAACGGACCCACAAGAAGUUCCCACAAAACAAUUAGGUCCAAUUCUGACACGUUCAAUGCUUGAUAUUCGCUCUGAUAUUGCUGAAGUCUACAGUAGAUGUUCUCGUGCCAACUCAUUAGCCGGCCGUUCCCCAGCCCCCAGCCGACGACAACAGCAAAGACAUUACAAAUCAGCAACUGCAGCAAUACGUGUUCCAAUUCAGGAUGCUUCAAUUGAAGGAACAACAAAUACUUCAAUUCCUUUCUCAACCCCAGCCUCUUCAUCUUCUUUUGUUUCCCCUCCAGUUGAACCUUUCCUUAGAAGAGUUGGAUCUACAAAGGAUAGAAGACAUAAACCUCCACCUGUGCCAGAUGAAGAUGGUUUUGUUAGAAUGAGUCCAAGACAGAGAAGGGAACAUCAAUUACAACAACAACAACAACGCUUAGCUGAAGAAGCUGUUACCCAUAAACGCCAACCUAGCCAUUAUGAUAAUGUUUUGUCCUCCUCUUCUUCUGAUACUAGUGGUGUUAAUAAUACAAAUAAUGGAAUAAUUAAUACUAAUCAAAUUAAUAAUAAUACAAAUAAUUCUUCUACUUUUUAUACCCAACAACAUGGAACAAAUGCAUUAAAAAAUUCUAAUGUUAACCCUAUUCAACAGCAACAAAUAUUACAUUCUCCUAUUCACAGUAAUAAUGUUGAGGUAUUUUAUUUACAAACUUUAUGUAAAAUUCAGAAGUUCUAUAUAAAGCCCGUUUGUACCUUCCAAACAAAAUUGUCGAGUGCACCGACCAACGGGAAAGCCCUGUAG